CACUUUCUUGUCGUUUCUCCCCCCCCUUUUUUGGGGGUUGUUGUCUUUUUUUGCAUCUGCUUCAGCAGCCAAAAGAAGGCAGAACCAGCCUGCAGAGACGGUGUGUUGUGUGGCCUCAGUACCCCUGGAUGAGGCUGAAGAUGGCUCCCACCAGAAGAAGUCAAAACAGUGGCACACCCUUGACUGUUUUUCUGUUCCCGGCCACCGAUGUGGACUAAGGUACCCUCCCCCUUUCGCCAUGGAGACCCAGCAUCCCAAAUAAAGAAUGAUAUCUUCCAAGUAGGACAUCUUUCUGGUGGGAGACCAAAGUCAACUUGACCUCCUGAAUCACUACCAGCUUUAAGAAGGACUCCUAUCAGAUGAUCUCCUCAGCUAUGUCUGAGUAGGAAGCCAUGUCCUCCUGCUUCUUCCAAGCUCUUCGAAAAGUAGGACUUCCCAGAGAACCAGAGGGGACCCUUCCUGGGUGGGAGGCCCUGGUCCAGCUGAUGGACCUCUCUGGCGAAGGAUGCUCUUCCUUUCUUGGGAAGCCUUGACGUUGGCCGAGCCAAUGAACGCCACUCUCUGGGACCAUGGCAGAUCCAACAGCGUGGAUGAGAUCUUCAGCCCGAGCGAGGUUCCCAGGACCAGCUCCCAACUGCCCACGUUCUCCACGGCAGCCAAAAUCCGCGUAGCCCUCACCGUGGUCCUCUUCCUCUGCUCCACCAGCAUCAACGUCUCCAUGUUGUGGAGCGUCACCAAGAGGUUUCAACGCAAGCCGCAUCUCCGCAUCCUUCUCAUGAAUCUGGCCGCUGCUGACCUCCUGGUCACCUUCGUGGUGAUGCCGCUGGAUGCCGUGUGGAAUGUGACGGUUCAGUGGUAUGCCGGCGACCUGGCCUGCCGGCUCUUGAUGUUCCUCAAGCUGGUGGCCAUGUACGCCUGCUCCUUUGUGACGGUAGUGAUCAGCUUGGACCGCUGGGCAGCCAUCUUGCACCCGCUGAGGGUCAGCAGAGCCAAGAGGAAGAACAAGGCAAUGCUCUGUGUGGCCUGGGCCCUCAGUUUCCUCCUAGCAGUACCUCAGAUGUUUGUCUUCCACACGGCCAGCCGGUCCCAGCCCACCCAUUUCAUCCAAUGUGCCACGGUGGGCAGCUUUGGGGCACACUGGCAGGAAACCCUCUACAACAUGUUCACCUUUUCUUGCCUCUUCCUGGUGCCCCUGCUGGUUAUGGUGCUCUGUUACUCCCGCAUCCUGAUCGAGAUGUCAAGGAUGAUGACCCAAGCGCCAGCGUCGCCAAAAUCCAGGGAGGUCCACCUGCGCUGUUCACGCAAUAACAUCCCCCAAAUCCGGAUCCGCGCCUUGAAGAUGUCGGCCAUCACCGUCCUGACGUUUGUGGCCUGCUGGACGCCCUACUACCUACUGGGCCUCUGGUACUGGUUCUCGCCCGAGAUGCUGACCCGGGAGCAGGUGCCCCCUUCGCUCGGCCACAUCUUCUUCCUCUUCGGCCUCCUCAGCACCUGCCUCGACCCGCUCGUCUAUUGCUUCUGCUCUUCACGCUACCGGACCAGCAAGAAGUUGGCCAAAGCGCUGUCUCUCCGCAUGGCCUCUGGACAGGCGUCCAGCAUGAGCAACGGCCCCAGGCCAGAGAUGGUAGUCCACUGGGCAUGCAAACCAGGAUCUCCCCGUAGUCCAAAACUGGCCUGGGCCAGAAAGGAGAAAGUGACCGAGAGCUGCGUCUGAAACGGCCAACUCUCAAACCGCUGGCCCACUUUUCCUUUCCGAUAAAUUCCGAUUCAGGAAUAUUUCCAGAAAGAGGAGGGGAAAAAAUCAAAUUAUGACCCAUAUCUGAGUUGAAAGCAAUGCAGAAAUGAGUUUGAGGCUCAGAUUAAAUGAUCCUGUGAGAUUUAACCUGUGACUUUUGAAUCAAUUGGGAAAAAUACAGGCAGUCCUCGAUUUACAACCAUUCGCUUAGUGACCGAAGUUACCACAGCACUGAAAAAAAGUUGUCUUUAAAAAAUAUUUUUCACAUUUAUGAUCGUCGAUUCUAAAUUCAAACACUUGGCAACUGACUCAUAUUUAUGACGGUUAGCGUCCUGGGAUCAUGUGAUCCCCUUUUUGCAACUUUCUGACAAGCCAAGUUAGUGAGGAAGCCAGAUUCACUUAACAACCGUGGCAAGAAAAGUCGUAAAAAGGGGCAGAACUCCCUUAACAAAUUUUGGACUCCAUUAUGGUCAUAAGACAAGGACUAGCUGUCAUUGUCUGUGGCCAUCUUCCGAGGCAAUCUGAGCAUCCUUGUUGAUUCAGAAGUGUCUCAUCUGAUGAAUUAGAGACAUCCUUGAGAUGGGCAUCCAUACACAUUUGAUAAAUAAAAAUAAAAAAAAUUCCAUGACAGUGUGACUGAACUGGCCUUGAACUGUAUUUCCAGACUUGAGUAUUUUAAUAAAAAAAAUUUUGGGACGAGGGGGAGCCAGAAAUAUUUUCACCCUUCUGUGACUCUUUUUUGUUUUUCACCUUUGCAGCCAGGGAAAAACUUUCUUAAAUGCAACACAGACAACAGAUUAACAGAGUUGGGAGGGAGCUUGGAGGUCAUCUAGUCCAACCCCCCACCCAAGCAGAAGACCCUACACCAUUUCUGAUAGAUGGCAGUCCAGUCUCUUCUUGAAAGCCUCCAGUGAUGAAACUCUCACAACUUCUGAAGGCAACUUGGGUUGAUUGUUCUCCCUGACAGAAAAUUCCUCCUUAUUUCCAGGUUGAAUCUCUCCUUGAUCAGUUUCCAUCCAUUAUUCCUUGUCUGGCCUUCAAAGGUGCUUUGGAGAACAGCUUUCCCCCUUCCUCCU